CCUGGGCAAUAGAGCAAGACUCCAUCUCAAAAAAGAACUUCCUUGGUUCAUAUUGUUGGACAACUGAAUAUAUUUUUAGCUUGUGUCUGGUAACUGUUUCCCAGUGGGGUUUGUAGAUGUUGCUUUGCCUGCCUCUACCCAUGUAUAACCUCCAUCAAUAUGUUAUUUGAUUUGAUUGUAUAUUAUUAACUGGAACUUCCUGGAAUUAGACAAGCAGGGAUUCAAACUACAAUCAAAUAAUAGCAAUGCCUUCUUUGCUACCUUCCUUUCAAAUCUAAAGCAAGACAAAAAUUCAGCUACUGAGUAGUUGAAUACUGAAAAUCAGAGGUAUCUUCACAGAGCUAGUAAGCAUCAGACUUGGUUUGAAUCCAGGUACUCUGAUUCCAGAUCUCAGUGCUCUUAACCACUGUGCUAUAUGGCAUUAUGGAGCAUCUAGCACAACAUAGACAUUCAGUGAGUUGAUCAGAUAUCAUUUGGGAGUUGAGGUGUUCCUCAGGUUGGGCCCACCCAGCCUUUCCUUCUGAUCCUUGUUCUUCAGUAUUCUGCCACUCAAACCCAGUAAAAUCUUUCUUUCUCACACCAUGUCUCUUCCCACUCCAUCUCUUUUUCAAGGUAUGUGAACACUGAACAUCAAAAUUUCAAUGGUUUAUUAAGAGUUUAAAUUUCUUAGUAAUCUACUCCAUUUCUGUCUAAGUCAAAUCACAACAGACUAUCUCACAUCAGAUGUUCAUUUAUGAGGAAUUAACUUCCAGGUUGAGUCUAAGGAUCAGUUUGUAUUUGGCCUGUCUCUUCCAUAGGCUACUUUGUAAGCUAUAAAGAGUCCUAGACAAGAACGCAGAAACCCUGGGUCCUCGUCUUGCCUCUAUCCUGAUUCUUGUCUGGCUUACCUCAUGGAAUUCUUGUGAAUGAGAUAGAAGCCUUUUGUACACCCUUGGGUGCUAUACAAAGCUGUUGUUGUUGUUAUUGUUAUUAUUGGUCCACACUGUGAGAAGGGUGGUAUAUAACGAUGACUCUAAGACCCAUUGCAAGGUGGUUAGUCAUCAAAAAACAUCUCAUUUAUGUUCAGGCCAUUGUAGUUCCAAAGGUGGGCACAUUCUUUUAUAGACCUCACAAAGAUUUUAAAAUAAGAAUGUACAGUUUUACAAAGUCUCAUAGCACUGCUUAAUGCAAGCAGACAUUAUUCCAUUGUAUGCCCAGUGCCAUGCCAACAUUUGAACAUUUAUUCAGUCCUUACACAUGCAUACUUAAUCCUCCCGAUAACCCUGUGUGGUGAGUACUGUUGUUAUCCUCAUUUUAUAUAUGCGGAAACUGAGAGCUUAGGUGACUUAUCCAAGAUCACAGAGCUAGUAAGCAUCAGAGUUGGUUUGAAUCCAGGUACUCUGAUUCUAGAACUCAGUGCUCUUAACCACUGUGCUAUAUGGCCUUAUGGAGCAUCUAACAAAAUAGACAUCCAGUGAGGCGAUCAAAUGUCAUUCAGGAGUUGAGAUGCUCCUCAGGCUGGGCCUGCCUUUCCUUCUGAUCUUUGUUUUUCAGUAUUCUGCCGCUCAAACCCAGUAAAACCAUUCUUUCCCAUACCGUACCUCUUCUUGCUCCAUCUUUUUUUCAAGACUGAGCCCUUCUCUGCAAAGCCUUUCCUUGCCACUCAGGUUUUGCAUGAGCUUCUUCCUUUUCUAGAUACCUACAUUUUGUAUUUGGAAAUUAAUUACGGCCUCUAUUCAUGGUCAUCUUUUCAUAUGUUUAUGUCAUUGCCACAGGGCUUAGUUAUAAACGGCAUGGAAAAGUCCUUGCUGUUUGUUUCGAAUAGCUCUUAGUGCAAUGAUGUUCAUAGGAUGUGUUCAAUAAGUGCUUCUAGGUCUAUUGAUUAUGUGCAAUCCAUAUAGGAAAAGGAUGUUCAGCCAGAGCCUUAUUCUUGUAUGCUUUUUGGAAAUUCCAACACAGACUCAUGCUCUGAACACCCGUUCAUGGUUAGAAGCUGGUGGCUUUUCCCAGGAAACACAGUUUCUCCCUUUCUACAAACUUUUGACCAGAAAGAAAAAAAAUCACCCAGUGCACAAAAGCCAGAAAUGAUCUUGAAGGAUAAGCAGCCAGUUGCAUUCUCUCACCUUUUUUUUUUUUUUUUUUAACAAACAAUGAGAGGUUUUUUCCAAUGGUAGAAAUGACAUAAACUCAUUGUAAGGAACUUUGGAAUUUAUCAAAAAGUGUAAAGGCAGAAGAAUAAAAAUUGAGCAUAUUCCUAGAUGUCUAGUAAGUUUUCCUCAGAAUAAAUCUUUAGAAAUGACGUUGACAGGACGAAGAGGGUUCAAAUAUGAAGUCUUUGGUAACAUACUGCCAAAUGCCCUUCAGAAAGUUUGUACUAAUUUACCCAUUUGUACCAUCGAUAUGGAUGUGAGUCUAAUACUUUCAGUAUUAUAUAAUGUGUAAUAAAAAUUAUUUUCAGAUAACUUACAGGUUUAAUAGUCAAAGUAUACUACCCAACUGCUUAGACUUGAUGAGGAACUGAAUGGAAGUAAAAUGAUUUUAAAUAUCUGGUUUACUAAAACCAAUUAACAAUUUCAUUUUCCUUAAAAACAGAAUAAUUUCAAGUCUGAAGUUUUCAUUCAGGUUAAAAUCAGUCUACAUUCAAUGCUUAGAGGUUCAACAAAUUCUAAGACAGGUCAUCCGCUACAAAGAUAGGCUGGAGCAGCCACUUUCAAUUUUGCCUGAAUUUUAUCACUAACUGUGAUAAAAGGGCACUUAACCUCUUUUAGCUUCCCUUGCCUUGUCUUUGAAAAUGAGUGGGUUGAACUAAAUUAUAUCUACAACCAUUUCCAAUUCUGUGAUUCUAGAACCAUCAAUCUAAAUCUACAUGGAUACAACCAGAGCUAUAGGAAGACUGUUUAGUGGCUGGGAAAAUGAAAUGUGCACAGACAGGUAAAUUUAAGGCUAAGUAGAGUUAAGAUCCAAGUUUCAUAUUUUCUUUGGAAAAUUUUUGAUUUAUUUAGUGGUUGCUAUUUAUUAAGACCGUUGGCCAGUCAGCCAAGGCAGACAGAGACUGCAAGUUAGUUCCAGUUGCUGAAAAAGUUGCUUCCAGUAAGAGUUGGGGGUGAGGGAGAAGGCAAGGCUGGAAAUAGAAACGUAGGAGAAUUUGAGCAUAUCUCAGAGUACAGAGAGAUCACUCUCAGCUGGGAGAGAAGGAAAAUCUCUGUGAAAGAAGAAAUUUUUCAGAUGCACCUUGGCAGGCAGAAAUAGUAGAAGGAAGUUUCUGAUGAAGGUAAUCUUGUCAUUCCCAAAAUAUCAUGAUGACUAACCCCAUGAAAGUUUAAAAUGUAUGGAUAAAAGUUUCCAUGCCACUACAGGAUUAUUAUAAAAUUUAACUUAAAUCCCACUUCAACAAAUGUCAGUCAUUGAAGAUCUUUGUAUAACCAAUAUUGCAAAACCUUUGCUGAUGGAUUACUUAUUUGAAUCAAAAUUUAAUAUAGCAAAAUUUCAGUGAAGAAGAUGUGACGGGCUCAUAGGGUUUGUUGUCUAUCCUCUAAUAACUUUGUAGUCUCCUCACAUCCAGUCACAAACUUCCUUUGAGUUGGAAGCCAUAUGAAACUUUUUGUUCUCUGCAGCAGUCUAUAAGAAAAAAUUACUUAGUCCAUUUUUAAAUAUUUAUCCUUUCUAUAAUAAUAUUAUACACACAAAAUCUCAGCUUUGACCCUCGGAGGAGAGCCGAAGGUCCAAUGUUCUGAUGAUUUCAUAUGGACAUACACUGGCUGUUAUUUGAAGAAUAAAUAUUUAAAUCAUAGAAUGAGUAAGCAUUGGAAGAAUAAUGAUGGCGUUUUCUUUGUUGUUAAUCUAUUUGUGCCUGAAUUUGCUUUAAAUGCCCCUUUAAAUUUUUUUCUAAUAUAGUGGGACUAAGGAGAGUAGUCCUAACUAGUGGCAAUAUCGGAGGACAGGGGUGUGACCGUGGUAAUUUAGUGCAGGAGCACAGCAUCAGUACAGUCUGCGGCUAUUUUCUAGUGGGUUUUAAUCUCUGCUGUUGCUGCCUAUCACAAGAUAACUGGAGCCCAGGUUUUUCAGAUGGUAUUAUAUGCUGAUGCUGUGUUACCAACCUCUGUAAUUUCUGAGUUUCUCAUUAUCAAAGAUGGGAGCCUCAUCUCUGCUUAACACAGCAGUGCCUGGAGAGGUAAUAAUGAUCAUGAUUUUUACCAUCCCUGGGGUUUAGAAUGUCUCCUCUGUUAUGAGGCUUGCCCAGUGGCGAGAGGUAGCCUCAGAACUCCCUACCCCUGGAGCACUUAGUUGGCAGCAUUUGGAAGUGUGUGCUUGUAUCUCCGCAAGCUGGGAGACUGGGAUGGAGAGCCAAAAAGGGAGGGAGGAGGUGAAAUGCCUAGGGAGUUGAAGGGAAAGAAGUGAAAUGAGGUAAAGGAAUCUUGAGUUGUCAGGAAAUACAGAAGCAAAACCAGGUAGAAAAGAAAAACAAAAACAUGGGACAAAAAGGAAAAGAUGAGAGGAGGUGGAUGGAGGUGAGGAUGGCAUGCCUUGAGAUAGCUGUUUGGAGCCUGGCCCUUAUUUUCCUCAGUCCUGUAAAUAAAACUGAAUUUUGUCUUCCUGUGGCAUUGAUCUUCACCCUGGGCAGGUAUGACUUUCCCCUGGUAAAUGUUGAACAAUUUAGGGCAGGCCCCCUGCCAAAGCUAGUGUGUGUUGUCCAGUGCCUUAUAUGGUAGUUUAUCAAUAGGUGGUUGUAAUUUUAAAAUAAUCUAAUCUCCUGUCUCCAAAGAAGCUGCCAUGAAGUCACUGAUGUGUGGUCGGUGGGACAUUUAAAGAUGAAGAAUACAGUUAUCCUGAAAAUGGGAGGGGAGGAGUGAAAUGAACCAGGGACCGCAUCAGCACCAGAACUGAAGGAGUGGAAAAUAAUUAGAAGGGAAAUAAGACACAGAGAAACCAGGAUGGGCAAAGAGAAAUGUGUGAUUGGGGAAAAACAAGAUCCUUACCUCAUCCUUUUCGUUUCUUCCUACUCACAGAAUGUUAAAUGCACUCCCAAAUGAAAAUAGUGUGGAUGUGUGAGUGGCUGUCACUCAGACAGAGGAGGGAAAAAACCCAACUUAUUUCAUCUUCAUCAUCUUAUUUUGUCAGACCAAGUAGAAUCCUCCUCAAACUAACCAGAGUAACUUUGGUUAAAAUAUGGGUGUGUGGCCAAAAGCUUUGGAUAGAUUUAUUUUGUAUGAAUUUUAAAAAACAAAAUAAGUUAGCAUCUUUGCUUAUGGUAGUUUUGAAAGAAAAAUAUACAUAUUUCCUAAGCUGAUAUUAAAAGUGGCAUUUAUGUAAUAAUUAUGGGUGACUUGUUUCAGUCUUUUUAGAAGACACAUAAAAUUGAAAUGAUAGAUGUAAUAUUUAUAAAUAGUAUUAUGCUUACUAAUAUAGUAAUAAGCCCUCUUUUUCUGUAGUUUAUCCCUAAUGAAAUAUUUUCUCAAAAUUUUCCCUAUUUUAAAAAAUUUAUUUUUGUGCUAAAAUACAAGGUGAAAAUUAGUUGGUAAUUAAUCCAGCAAUAACAGUUAACAGUCUCAAAUUCAGUUACCACACAAAUAAGAAAGGAAUACAAAAAGAAGGAGAGGAUGUACUUAAAUCCAAAUGUGAGCAUGGAUAUCACCCAGAAAGAGAGAGAAUUCAGCAUUUCUCUUAGUUUGUAGUCUUUGAGGCAAAACUGGUAAGUGGGAAAACAGUUGUUCUAAUCGCAGUGGCAGUGUUCAAGGGAGGAACCAUUGCUGGAAGUGACCAAGUAUACUAUUUUCAGGUGGGAAACUCACCAAUAGGGAUCAUUUCCCUUUUCUCUAGUUGAAUUGGUGUUGCUGCUACCCUGUGCUGAGCAAGGUUUGGUUUUACUGAUUGACUGAGAAGAUGGUACCUGUCCCCCUGGGCUGAGAGCAGGUGUACCUGGGCAGUCUCUGACCAUUUAGCUGGAUCCUGUGGUUUUGCAGCAUUUCUCACCUUGCAAAAUUGGGGCAGGUGCUUUACUCAAGGUCAGCGGUUUCACCUCGAAGACUGGACAUCAUUGUAAAAACCAGAUGCAGUCUAAAAGUGACAAUGACAACUGUGCAAAAAUAGAAGGAAAAAAAGGAGAAAGCUGAAAGUAAAUGAAGUCUGUCUAUAGGACUCUCACAGGAGAGCAUGAAUCAUCAAAGAGGUUCCAGAGUUACAACCAAGAAGUAUUUAUGGCGAUCAGUGGUGCAAAGGGUAAUAAUACAAACAUAAUAAAGAAGAGAAAGGAAGGCAUACUAGAGAUAAAGGAGGCCUAGCAUUAAAUGAAUAGGGAGAUAAGCUUAAUGAUUAUGCUCAAAUGACUGAGCUAUUGAUGGCAAAAUGGCUGAGCUUUGGAACUGCUUUUUAAAACUGGCCUUUAAGAAGAUAAAUAAGGAUAAUUAAACAGUAAUGAAGACCCGUUUCAUUAAAAAAAGAAGAAAACAAAUAAAUAGGCAAGAUCUUAGAUGAUGUGUUAGCCAGUGUUAAAUGAAGGAAGUAAUAAUGAAUUCCUCAAAAUAUGGUAGCUCUCCUUUGGAAUCUUGAAGAAUAAUGAGAAAGAGAGAGAGAGAAGGAGAGAGAUGGGGAGGAAAGAGAGAGAGAAACAGACAGACAGACACUGGAGUAAAGACUGCAUAUCCAGUUCUCACUUGUUCAGAGUAUCAUUGGCAGAGAUAUCUCAGAUUCAUUCUCUUGUCUUAUUUUAGCCACUUUUUUUCGGAAUCCUCACCCCAGGAACCUCUUUAUCAGAACUACCAGUUAGAAGCCACACAUGCUUUCUCUCUUCUUCCUGCUUCAUCUAUGCUCCAGUGUUGCUAAUGUAUAGUAAAAAUAAAAUGAAAAAUAGUUUAGGAGAGACAUUGUCCUGUACACUUCACAGAACAAGAGCCCCUGAAUAAUUAAUUUCUAAAUAGAAUUAGUGUUAAGCCUAUUCCAAACAUAAUACUUGCCCAUAAUAAGUAUUCCAUAAACAUUUGUUGGAUAAAUAAGUGAAUUAGGAAAACUACAUUGCUAACAAAUACUAGAACAUUUGAGAGGGUAAAUAUAUGAACAUCUAUGAGAUAUUAGAGCCAAGAGCUACAAACAGCAUAAAUCUAUAAAGCUUUUUCAUGUUAGACCAACUUAAUCGAUUUUUUGUUUUGAAAAUUGGAAAACAGUAGACAAAAAGAAUACACUAGAUACAUUAUUAUAUCUAAAUACAUCCAGACGUUAAUGGAAGAAUUGAUAGCAGAUCUCAUGAAAUCUAGUUCAGAAAAUGAAUUCAAAUUGACUUGAAUGUGUCAAAUUGAUUGAAAACUGCCUGAAGGACUGAGAGUGUAAUGAUAAAUGGCAAUGUAUUGAAUCUGGACGAGUGUUCAGCAUGGUCUUAUUUAACAUCUUCAUUAAUUAUCUGGGAAAGGAUAUAAACAACACAUUCAUUAAAUUUGUAGACGCAAACGAGAGAGGUGUUUUUAAGCACUGGAUAAGGCAGAGGGCAAUAUGAAGGGAACUAACCUGCUCAAGAACAGAAUGAUGUUAAUAAUUUGAUGAAAAUCCACUAGUGGCCUGGCAGUGUUCUGUGCAGAGCACGAUCCCAGGCACCAUAGGCGAUUAAAAGAUGAGUUAAAGCAUCUCAGCAGACAGAGUGCAAACAACUAAAGUGUACCACGGGGGAAGGUGAAGGAAGUGCUGCAUUAGAGGUGCAAGCAAACUGCAAUGGAAGUAAAGAAGUGAUGAAAUUCUAAAGAAAAGAGUCAGGACUGCAAAUUCACAUUGUCACACCAUGAGAAAAACAACUGGAGCAAGAACCAUCCCAGAGAAGUAACUAGGGUUAGAUAAAGGAUAAUGCCAUGGGCUACCAAGAAGCAACAAGACGGGGAUAUUUUUCUUCAAGCACGCCAUGUGAGUCACAGAUAAUGGAGUCGGGACAUUGGGCUCAGCCAGUGCAAACUCACUGCUCAACAGAACCUGUCUUUUUUUUUUUUUUUUUCCUUUUUCUACUAUUUUUCUUUCUUGUGUUAAGGUAAACUACUAGGUACUGUUUUUAAUUUAGUUUUUAAUUAUGAUCUAAGGAUCAGUACUAUGGAAACACACAUAAUUAUAUAAGAAAGUAUUGCACAUAUAAAGCAUUAUUUAUUUUAUAAUAUUAAACAAAUGGCAACGAUCUAAUGUUCAAUAGUAGGGGAAAAUUUACAAAACUUUACUGUCUGUACUUGACAGGAUAUUCUCCAGCUACUAAUGGGUGUUUAUGCGGAAUUAGAACAGGAAAAAAUGCCCAUAUUUUAAUGUUAGAUGAGAAAACUGGGAUGCAAAAUUUACCAUAGAGUGUGAUCAAAAGCAAAAAGCUAGUGCAUUUUUAGCAAGAAAAUAUAUCAGUGGCUGUCUUUGUGUAGGGGGAAAGAGGAGGCUAGAAAAUAAUAUUUGUUGAGUCCAACUAACUAAUUUGUUCAAUGUUUCUUUCUGUCGUAAAGGUUUUUAUUUGCAUUUUAAUAUAUGUUUUGACCAGAUGUGGUGGCUCAGGCCUGUAAUCCCAGCACUUUGGGAGGUUGAUGCAGGUGGAGUACUUGAGGUCAGGAGUUUGAGACCAGCCUGGCCAACAUGGUGAAACCUCGUCUGUACUAAAAUACAAAAAUUAGCCAGGUGUAGUGGCACAUGCCUGUAAUCCCAGCUACUUGGGAGGCUGAGGCAUGAGAAUCGCUUGAAUCUGGGAGGCGGGGGUUGCAGUGAGCCAAGAUUACACCACUGCACUCCAGCCUGGGCCACAGAGUGAGACUCCGUUCUCAAAAAAAAAUAAGUAAAUAAAAUAAAAAUUAAAAAAUGUAUAUAUGUGUAUACACACACACACACACACACACACAUAUAUGUUUUGAUGAGCCUCUAAUAAAGGCACUUAAGGAAAGUUUAAUGAUUUAGUUAUGUGGUUAUUUUCUUGGAAAAAAAAUCAAGGUUCCUAAUCAUUGAGGGAUAUUAGUUGUCUUGAAGAUCGAUGUAUGUUAAGCACACCUGGAAUAACAAACAAAUUUGGCUGUUAGGUAUAACCCAAUGAGUGAAAGACAAGGAUGUGCAUUAUGACAUUAUAGCCGCAGUGAUCAGGGAGGAGCUGCCCACGCACACAAACUCACACGUUCCUGCACACAGGCAUACCUCAGUAAAGAAACCACGUACCCCUAAGGACUGAGAGCCAAUCCGUGGGAGAGGUUUUUAAACGCCAAAACACAUUAAGGUGGGCAGAGAUCUGAGAUUCAUUUUAUUUAGUAUUUUUCAAUCGGGUUGAGAGCAUUGGGUAGAAGGACACUUCUAGAUGAAGUUGAAAUCAGCAACAGUAUAUCUAGAGCUAACAACUCAGUUUCCACAUCUUGAAAAUUGGAUAAUAAUAGUAUCUAUCUUAUAAGGUUGUUAAGAUUAAUACACACAUAUACAUUACUUAGAAUAAUGUUUGUCACAUACUAGGCAUGUAGAUGAGUGUUAGCUAUUGCUGUUAUAUCAUUAAUAUGCUCUUGCUAUAAAAACAAGAAAGUAAAAAGUCAGAGUCAGUUUCAACUUGUAGAGAGGAUGUUCUUGCUAUAAAAACAAGAAAGUAAAAAAUCAGUUUCAAUUUGUAGAGAGGUAGUACUUUCCACACUGUUUUAAAGGAGAGUAAUAUGUAAAUAAAAGUAAAAGGUGAAUAAUUUUGUGAAACUGUGUGAAAGUAAUAUAUUUUCAAUAUUAGGGACAAUCCUUUGGCUUAUGAUAAUUUUUCCAAAAGAAAAAGUUAAAAUGUCAGAAUUAACAGCAUUUCAAGUGAAAACAUCUUAGAAUGUGGCCUAAGAAUGUAGACCUAAAGAAUCAGUUGUAAGAAUUUGCUUCUGUUUUGGGUGAAUUAUGUUUAUUGAACUUGCAUAUUUAAAUGAAAAAGCACAAGAAACUUUUUUAAAAGCCAUGUCUGAAUGCCAGCAAAUAUUUGAAAGAACAAAUAUAAGCUUGUUUUAACAAUUCUCUGCAAAUUCCCUCCCUCCACGUAUCCCCCUGACAAAUAGCCUUUGCAAUGUGAGUACUUAGCUUGGGCAUAAAGGACUGAAUGUGAAGAUGUGUAAAAGAUCCAUUGUCUAGGCUGCUCCUGGGUGAUGGAAGUCGCUUCUGAGGUGGGCUUAGCAGGAGGGCACAUGCUCACUCGCCAAGAGUGCAUCCACAGACCUCAGCUUCCAUGCGCAUUGAUGAUGGCCAUGGAAGCACAUGGUUUGAAAAUACCCUUAGAGCUGCGUGGCUGGACAGAACAUCUAGCUAUUAUGUGGUCCAUCUGUCAGGAAAUUGAAGUCCAGGGAAGCUAGGCAACUUCUCUAAAUCACACAGGAAAAUAAGAUAGGAACUUGAUUUGCUCUCUUCCUGGUCCAGAGUUCUCAGUAUCAUUCUGCACAAAGAUGUGAAUAGGGGUUAAGUAAAAAGGAUUAUAUGGUCAAAAGGCUUGGGAAAACCUGGGUUCCAUAUGUUAUACAGGUGUCUUUCCUGCAAGAUGUCUCAGAGCCUUCAAUAUCUUAAAAGGGGGAUUAUUAUACAGCAUUUCUCAGAUUUAUUUGAGCAUGGAACCCCUUUCUUCACUGAAUAUGCUUUGGGUAAAAGCUACUCUGUGCUAUCCCUUACUUGAAUAGAGUACACAACAUGAGAACUGAGAGGGAAAGUCACAGCAUAAGCUCAUAAUAUUUAUAAUAGCCAUCUUGACCUGUAUUUGAACUAGGGUUAUACAGUCUUCUAUUGAGUUAGUAGUGACAGAUGAAGACAAGGAAGUAAAGGUAAAAAUUGAUUAAACUGCGUAUUUAGCAGACAGAGGGAAAAAGAGAUGGGCAUAUUUUGUCUAUUCUCAAUUCCUUGAAUCUUAUAAAGAAGAGAUGAAUUUUUCUUCUGACUCUGCCUCCUGUCCCAUUGCUUCUUGUCUGGCCUACACACAUUUUGCUAUUUCUAGAACCAAGUUAAUCCAUUGUUCUUUGCUGGGCAUCUUAUUGAUCUUCCAUGUUAUUAAUAUUCACUUUUGGCUGCCAGAUUAGCUCUAAUGAACCAUUCACGUUUAUUUUUAGCACACUUAGAAAGUUGGGACGUAUUAUCCAGAUUGCAUUCUACUGUGCAGGAAUUGUAUCUACAAAGAAUGAGAAGUCUUGACUUUCCUCCUUUUCCCGAUUUCCCUUACUUUAACUUUACCCCAAACAGAAAUAAAGGAAGUCUUCAAUUUAUGAACAGCCUGUUCCAAUAAUUUUUUGGGGGGAACUCGGAAUUUAUGUUCCCAUAAAAACAGUGUUCCUAGGCUAACCCACUAAAAAAACAUUUUACCCAUAGUGAUUUUAAAAGUAUGCAUUUACAUGUUAUUUACAAUAAAAGGGAAGCAAUUUGGUUUCAAACAUCAUAGAAUGUAUUUACCCCUAUUUGAAACAGGUCCUCCCCUCUCGUGCUCAGACUCAUUUGCUGGAAUUUGAAACUUCCCUUGGGUCCCUCCAGGGCUGUGGCACAGUCUAGAGUCGGGCUGGACCAAGAACUCUGGAGCCAGACUGUUGAGGUUAGCACUCCGUCUCUGCUACUUCUGUGCUCCUGGUAGGCUAUGUUACCUUUUGGUGUCCCAGUUCCCACAUCUCUAAAAUGGGGAUAAUAAUGAUAUCCAUCUCAUAAGGCACCUGACACAUAGAAAAGUGCUAACAGGUAUUUGCUCUCAUUAUGAUGACAGUGAUGAUGGAGUGGGGGUGGACCUGAUGGGGCAGUGGGGAUUCAGGACAGGACUCAAGCCAAACAAAACUGGAGGAAGGAUUGGGAUCGGUGGCACCAGGAAGUGGGGGAAGAAGGGAGGUUGGUGAGUAGAUUCAGGAACGUUAAACUGGAUAAAGAGAAAGAAGAAAGAAAUGAGAUUCCCAGUGCAGUUAUGACCUGAGUAGGAUUGGAGAAAAAGGAAUCAGAGAGGGAAGAGAAAUUCUUGGGUCAUUGUUUUAAAAAUGAGAAAAAAAAAUGAGCUACAAGAGACUGUGAAAAGGAAGUUGGAAGGAGCUCGAUCACCACUUAAUGGAGACCAGCAGAAUGGUGCUUGUGAUGGGAAUUUUUCUCCGACUAGCAAACGAAUUCGAAAGGACAUUUCUGCGGGGAUGGAAGCCAUCAACAAUUUGCCCAAUAACGUGCCACUGCCUUCAGCUUCUCCUCUUCACCAACUUGACCUGAAGCCUUCUUUGCCCUUGCAGAACAGUGGAACUCACACUCCUGGGCUUCUAGAAGAUCUAAGUAAGAAUGGUAGGCUCCCUGAGAUUAAACUUCCUGUCAACGGUUGCAGUGACCUGGAGGAUAGCUUCACCAUCUUGCAGAGCAAAGACCUCAAACAAGAACCUCUCGAUGACCCUACUUGCAUAGACACAUCAGAAACAUCUCUUUCAAAUCAGAACAAGCUGUUCUCAGACAUUAACCUGAAUGAUCAGGAGUGGCAAGAAUUAAUAGAUGAAUUGGCCAACACGGUUCCUGAGGAUGACAUACAGGACCUGUUCAACGAAGACUUUGAAGAGAAGAAGGAGCCAGAAUUCUCGCAGCCGGCAACCGAGACCCCUCUCUCCCAGGAGAGUGCGAGCGUGAAGAGCGACCCCUCUCACUCUCCCUUCACACAUGUCUCCAUGGGAUCUCCCCAGGCGAGGCCUUCUUCUUCUGGUCCUCCCUUUUCUACUGUCUGCACGGCCACUAGUUUACCUUCUGUUGCCAGCACUCCCGCAGCUCCAAACCCUGCAAGCUCACCAGCAAACUGUGCUGUUCAGUCCCCUCAGACUCCAAACCAAGCUCACACUCCAGGCCAAGCUCCACCUCGGCCUGGAAAUGGUUAUCUCCUGAAUCCAGCAGCGGUGACAGUGGCCGGUUCAGCGUCAGGGCCUGUGGCUGUGCCCAGCUCUGACAUGUCUCCAGCAGAACAGCUCAAACAGAUGGCUGCACAGCAGCAACAAAGGGCCAAACUCAUGCAGCAGAAGCAGCAACAGCAGCAACAGCAGCAGCAGCAGCAGCAACAGCAGCAGCAGCAGCAGCAGCAACACUCAAAUCAGACUUCAAAUUGGUCUCCCUUAGGACCUCCCUCUAGUCCAUAUGGAGCAGCUUUUACUGCAGAAAAACCAAAUAGCCCAAUGAUGUACCCCCAAGCCUUUAACAACCAAAACCCUGUAGUGCCUCCAAUGGCAAACAACCUGCAGAAGACAACAAUGAAUAACUACCUCCCUCAGAAUCACAUGAAUAUGAUCAGUCAGCAGCCAAAUAACUUGGGUACAAACUCCUUAAACAAACAGCACAAUAUUCUUACUUAUGGCAACACUAAACCCCUGACCCACUUCAAUGCAGACCUGAGUCAGAGGAUGACACCACCAAUGGCCAACCCCAACAAAAACCCCUUGAUGCCGUACAUCCAACAGCAGCAACAGCAGCAGCAACAGCAACAGCAGCAGCAGCAGCAGCAGCAGCAGCAGCCACCACCUCCACAGCUCCAGGCCCCUAGGGCACACCUGAGCGAAGACCAGAAACGCAUGCUUCUCAUGAAGCAGAAAGGAGUGAUGAAUCAGCCCAUGGCUUACGCUGCACUUCCAUCCCACGGUCAGGAGCAGCAUCCAGUUGGACUUCCCCGAACCACAGGCCCCAUGCAGUCCUCCGUGCCCCCAGGCUCAGGUGGCAUGGUCUCAGGAGCCAGUCCCGCAGGCCCCGGCUUCCUGGGCAGCCAGCCCCAAGCAGCCAUCAUGAAGCAGAUGCUCAUUGAUCAGCGGGCCCAGUUGAUGGAGCAGCAGAAGCAACAGUUCCUGAGGGAGCAAAGGCAGCAGCAGCAGCAGCAGCAGCAGCAGAUUUUGGCGGAACAGCAGUUGCAGCAAUCACAUCUACCCCGGCAGCACCUCCAGCCACAGCGGAGUCCAUACCCAGUGCAGCAGGUCAAUCAGUUUCAAGGUUCUCCCCAGGAUAUAGCAGCCGUAAGAAGCCAAGCAGCCCUCCAGAGCAUGCGAACGUCACGGCUGAUGGCACAGAAUGCAGGCAUCAUGGGAAUAGGACCCUCCCAGAACCCUGGGACGAUGGCCACCGCAGCUGCGCAGUCGGAGAUGGGACUGGCCCCUUAUAGCACCACACCUACCAGCCAACCAGGAAUGUACAAUAUGAGCACAGGCAUGACCCAAAUGUUGCAGCAUCCAAACCAAAGUGGCAUGAGCAUCACACAUAACCAAGCCCAGGGACCGAGGCAACCUGCCUCUGGGCAGGGGGUUGGAAUGGUGAGUGGCUUUGGUCAGAGCAUGCUGGUGAACUCAGCCAUUACCCAGCAACAUCCACAGAUGAAAGGGCCAGUAGGCCAGGCCUUGCCUAGGCCCCAAGCCCCUCCAAGGCUGCAGAGCCUUAUGGGAACAGUCCAGCAAGGAGCACAAAGCUGGCAACAGAGGAGCUUGCAGGGCAUGCCUGGGAGGACUAGUGGAGAAUUGGGACCAUUCAACAAUGGCGCCAGCUACCCUCUUCAAGCUGGGCAGCCGAGACUGACCAAGCAGCACUUCCCACAGGGACUGAGCCAGUCAGUCGUGGAUGCUAACACGGGCACAGUGAGGACCCUCAACCCAGCUGCCAUGGGUCGGCAGAUGAUGCCAUCGCUCCCGGGGCAGCAAGGCACCAGCCAGGCGAGGCCAAUGGUCAUGUCUGGCCUGAGCCAGGGAGUCCCGGGCAUGCCAGCGUUCAGCCAGCCCCCAGCACAGCAGCAGAUACCCAGUGGCAGCUUUGCUCCAAGCAGCCAGAGCCAAGCCUAUGAGCGGAAUGCCCCUCAGGACGUGUCAUACAAUUACAGUGGCGACGGAACUGGGGCUUCCUUCCCUGUGGACGGUGCAGACCUUGUGGACUCCAUCAUCAAAGGCGGGCCAGGGGACGAGUGGAUGCAGGAGCUUGAUGAAUUGUUUGGUAACCCCUAAUCAAGAGAGGCCCCAAGAUCCACAAUUUGAGUGGUUAAAGCUUAAAAAGUGAAGAAGAAACAGGAUGUUGACCCAUCCUUGUUUUUUGUUUUUUUGACCCACGUAAACUGAGCAAAACUGCAGCUGGCUGACAGUGGAAGAUCCAGGUGCCAAUCCACAGCCCCGCCAGGCCUCAUUUCACCUGAUUUUCACACAGCAAUCGAGAUGAGACGCCAUGCAGAUCCCUGCUGCAAGAGAUGGAGACACCCGGAGGAACAUGUGGGAAGAUGAAGCCGGCCAGAGCCCCUCUGCCCAGCGCGCCCUGUGAUCGCCUGGCCCAGCAGGAGCUGCUUCAGCCGAGAGGGACUAUUACCCAAGAGAGGUAUCCUCAGCCCCUCCUGCCCCAGGUCGGGAGACAGCAGCUUUGGAGAUACAAAAGAGACAGAGCCUCAGCCAGGGAGAGUCCCCCAGAAGAGGCUGGGUGGUUGCACAGGCCAGGUGCACAGGUUGGAAAUGCACUGAACUCUGGGUGCCGAGAGAUGUAAGGCUUCGAGACAUGCUACUGAAUUUGGAGGGCAGGCACGAAGAACAGUGAGAUUGUCACAAGGAGAUAACAACAGAUCCUACAGGACUAUCUGUCGCCUGCCCCAUGAUGACCCUCAGGAAUUGCAGAGGCUCUGCUGUCACAAGGAGAGCAGGCUGAGUUUGGAGCAGGGUCCAUCCGGCAGUCCUGGGACGGCUUCCCUCUGCUGGUGCCCCUGGUGGCAGUCCCUCCAGGUGGGGCUGGAGCCUGAUGGCGCCCGAUACAGAACCCAUACAUCCAGGUGGGUCACAUCUACUUCUGGCGGCCGCAGGGCAGAGAAACCCCUACUGGACCCUGUGUGUCUGCCAGCCUGGAGCCUUUGUCUCCAGCCCUGCCUUUAUUCCUCCUUGCCUCCACACCAGCCUCCCCUUGCUUCUCCUUACAGACUAUCCAAGAAGUGAAGCUUAUGUCUUUAGGGAGCCUUGGGCAGAGUCCACAUAAAUGCAGGAAGAACUUAAACAAUGCCUGAAAUGCAAAGGCGACACUGGAGUCUUCUUUCUCUAACGUGUGUAGAGUUGAAUGAAUUAUCUGCCUGGAACCGAGAGGGCUGCUCUGAUGUUUGGGAGUCGUGUUUUUGUGAGCCACAUCUGAUAUUUCUGAUAUCCCCAGGGAGGAGUGGCCUGGAGGUCACUGGUUCAGGCUCCCUUUGGGCGAAAUCCUGGGAGUGAUGCUCUAAAAUCCACCUUUCCCAUUAUCCCUACUCAUCAGAAAGACAAAUAUAAAAUCCCAGAGAGGUGGAGGAGCUAAAAAAGCAAUUGCUCCACCUUACAAAUUUGGAUAGAAAGGAGAUGUAGUUUAUUUCAUAUGGGCAAAGUAGUCCUCUUCCAAAGUCCUGUACAGUUGUUCUCUUUGUCAUUGAUGCACAUCAGCCCUAAGCGAAAUCUGUCAGAAGGAAUCAACAAGGCGCCUAGCCUCCCCUCCCAAUCCCCCUUUUGGAGGCCUUGUGGCUUCAGUGUCAUCCUAAGUGAGAGUGGCGUGUGCUUUUUUCCUGUCCCCUCCUCCCUCCAUGUCCUAGAUGCUGGCUGCCUUCUGUGCACUCCCAGGCAGCUCACUACGGAAGAGUUGGAGCCUGUGGGGUUGAACUGGCCACACUCAGCCCUGAGAAGGCGAGUUGCCAUGGAAAGCUGGGGGCAGAAGGGUUUGGAGAGGAGGCAGCGGGCAAACAUUGCCUUUGACUUGCUCUCCGUGUACCCCGGGUUGUAGAUCUGCUCAGGAAGGGGCAGGAUGUAAGGCCAGAGGUGCCUGGUGAAUGAGAAGCCCAGGCAGGGGCUGGGCGCCCUCUCCGAAGACGUGGCAGCAGGGUGACCCUGAACUCCCCAAAUGAGGAGUGAUGCCACUGGGGAAACUGAGUGGAUCAAAGAGAUGAAACCAAAAAAAAGCAAACAAAUGAGAAGACACAGAAAACAUAAUUACCUUUUUCCUGAAAGGUACAGGAAAUAAAUAUAUAAGCAAUGAUGAGAAACUGGAGGUGGCUAAUGGAAGUGGGACAGGGGUGGGGGCUCCAUUAUCUUUUAAAAGCUUCCUCCAAAUGCUCAGUACUGGGACCAACUAAUAGAGAGGUAGAUUUUAAUACGGUGGUUUUGUUUUGGUUUUGUUUUUACUACGGUGCUGAUGUAUAUGUAAUGUCUAAAAAAAGUUAUUUGUACAUAAGUUUUUACAAUACUGCAGAUAUCAUUGGGUCUACUAUCUGUAAAAAAUAUACAUAUAAAUAUAUAUAUACUGUUUGUUUAAAAUAGAGUAUUUUUAUUUCAUUCCUUAACUCAUCAUCACAGCAGUGGUAUUGCACUUCAGAUGACAUCUAAUUACUAAUUUGUACUGUAUGACCUAUGGCAACUUGCUCCAUUUUAUUCAGAUUUUUCUAGUUUUCUGUUUUUACUUUGUACAUUGAGCAUUGCUUAUUUCCUUUUAAGAAAUGUACAGAACUCUGAAAUGUAGAAAUGAAGUGAUGUCGACAUACCACUUUUAAAGAAAACAAAAACAAAAAUAAAAGAUUAUCUGAAUCAA